ACUGCUAAAUCUUUAUAUGGCCCUACCAAUUUGAAUUUUUCAGUUCCAUUAAUUCCUCCAGACAUUGCUUCCUCAUGAGUCAUUCCAUAGUUCUCAAUAUACAAAAUAAUAAUAAUAGUAAUAAAUCCUCAGAGCAUGACCAAAACAGAGCCGUCAAAACAAAAGUCCCCGCUAUUCAAGGUUGUACGUGCAGACUCUUAUGAAGGCAAUUCUUUUGACUAGAAAGAAAGCGGUAAAAGUGUCACAAAGGUACAAGUAACAAGCAAGGAAUUUCUUUCACAAACUAAUAUAAACCUGUGACCGAGCAUAGACAAUCACAAAACGCAUGAGCAUGACAGACGAGACAAUGAUGUCACGCCUCGGUGCCACUGUAUCGUCAAUAACAUCGGCGUGGAACACCACCGGAACCGGAAUCCACGUCCACCAGAAAGCGAUCACCCACUUGACUUUCUUCUGGGGCCACAAAACAGAUGUUCUUUUCAAAGGAUGGCCUGGUUCGAGCUCCGGUAUGUACGCGCUGGCCUUGAUCUUCGUUUUUGCUCUCGCAGUGAUCGUCGAGUGGUUCAACUAUUGCAGUAUCAUUAAGCCCGGAACGAACAAGAUCGCUGCCGGAUUUUUUAGAACUGGAAUGCAUACGGUGCGUACUGGACUUUCUUAUAUGGUUAUGCUAGCCGUUAUGUCUUAUAACGGGGGAGUUUUUCUUGCUGCUGUCGGUGGACAUGCCGUCGGGUUUGCGCUGUUUGCAAGAAAGGUUUUAAAGAAGUCGGAGAAGAAACCGGAUCUUCCUUCGGUUAAUAUUAAGUGUUGAAUUUUGGUUGCAGAAUUUAUUAAUUAUGUUUUAAAUUUAAAUAAGGGAAAUAUGUGAAUAAUACUCGUAUGGCUUUUGUAAGUUAAUUUCAGGUUUUUGUUUACUGGUAAUUUUCCUUCUUGAGUUCAAUAAUAAUUAAAUUAAUCAUCCGUA